AUGUCGUUGAAGGAGACAGUCGUCGCUGCAAAGAGGGAGGCCGUGGAGGCAGCAAGGAAAGCGGAGGAAGCAGCAAUUUCCCUAAAAGAUGCACUGAGUAAAGCUGUGAAGGAGCAGAAGGCUGCCAAGAAGGCAACAGAGGACGCAAUGGGUAGACUGAAGAAAGGCGCCAAGGAGGCAGCGGAGCUUGGGGGCCAGGCUUCGAAAAAAACGCUCGCUGCUGUAAAAUCGUUGGAGCUGCUUGUAGUGCUUGCUGAUAAGGCUGAGACGAACACUCAAGAAGCACCGGAAAUUGCUAAAUGGUCUGGAUCGAAUGCUACUAACGCAGUCUCAGAGACUGCAAUAGCAGUCAAAAAGGCUACAGAUGCAGUUUCGGCGGCCACAAAUGCAGACGCUGAGGCUACCAAGGCAGUGUCGGACGCUGAGUCUCUCCUGAAAGAGGUGAAGACAGGGGAGAAGAACGUGAAGGCGGCCAUGGACAAAGCUAAACAAGCGGUGGUGAGUAUACCGAAAGGAGCGGAUGAUGUUGCGGCUGCGGUAGGGAAAGCUGAAGAAGAGGUUAAAAAAGCAAGUGCUGCUGCGGAUGCGUACCUCAAGAAGCUGAACGAUGCGAAGCAAACGGUAAAGGAACUUCUUAAAGCAACGACUGCAGCACUUAGUGCAGCACAGAAGGUGGAUGAAUUGGCCAAAACUGCUCAAUCGAGUGUGAAGAAAGAGGGUGAAGGUGCUCAACACAAGGCACUCGAAAAAGCAGAUCGUGAUAAGUUAGAUGCUGCCUUAAAGGGAUUGACAACCAAGACAGAGGCGAUAUUUCCUACUUUUACGGAAACUGAAAACGAAGCCACAGAACCUGUGGCCCUCCUGCAGGCUGCAAUGGAGCAUGCGGAGGCUGCCGUUACGUCAGCUAAAGAUGAAAAAUCAGCAGCUGAAGCGGCGUUGCAGCAAGCCAAUAAGGAGCUGGAAGCCGCUGAAAAGAAACAGAAGGAGAGUGAGAAUCAAAAAGAGAAGUUUCUGGAGAGCGAAGUGAGUGAAAGAGACGAACCAAAAGGACUUAUCGGUCCUCAGCAACCCGAAGCCACUGAUGCCACUUCGUCACCUCCUGCUGGUGCGUCGUUGCCUAAGACUGAUGGCGCUGCGGAUGGCGAGAAGCUUCUUGCUCAGCACACAGAUGGCAGCGACGUCCCCGCGUGGGUGCGUGCGCCGCUGAUGCUGCUGCUGCUGGCCUGUGUGGCUGUGAGGUAA